UAUCAAUAAACAUACACAAAAUUCACAAAAAAAUUAAGAAAAAAUCAAAUUUUUGUCUGAAAAAUGAGUGAAUCAAGCGACAAUGAGGCUCAAAGUGCUUCAAGCGAUCAAUCUGAGGCAGAAGAAACCAACGGAAACGAAGAAACACGCCAAUCUGACGUGACUUGGGAUGACUUAGGCUUAAUUGACGUUCUGAAGGAAGCUUGCGAACGCAUGAAAUGGAAAGCCCCAUCAAAAAUCCAAAAAGAAGCUGUUCCGCUCGUGCUUCAAGGCAAAGAUGUCAUCGCAUUAGCGGAAACUGGCUCCGGAAAGACCGGAGCUUUCGCUCUCCCGAUUUUGCAGUCCUUGUUGGAUCAUCCGCAGCGAUAUUUCGCCUUAAUUUUGACACCAACUCGUGAAUUAGCGUUCCAGAUUUCCGAACAAUUUGAGGAAUUGGGCAGAGAAAUUGGAGUUCAGUGUUGCGUGAUUGUCGGCGGCAUGGAUAUGGUCUCGCAAGCGUUGAUGUUGGCGAAAAAACCGCACAUUUUGAUCGCAACUCCCGGUAGAUUGGUCGAUCAUUUGGAAAAUACGAAGGGAUUUAACUUGAAAGCGAUCAAAUAUUUGGUUAUGGAUGAAGCGGAUCGGAUUUUAAACAUGGACUUUGAAGUAGAACUCGAUAAAAUCCUAAAAGUCAUCCCAAAAGAACGCAGAACGCUCCUUUUUAGUGCAACAAUGACGAAAAAAGUCGCCAAGCUGCAAAGAGCUUCGUUGCAGGACCCCGUCAAAGUCGAAGUUUCGAAUAAAUUUCAAACUGUGGAGAAAUUGCAGCAAUAUUACAUCUUUAUUCCGCUCAAAUACAAGGACGUUUAUCUCACGCACAUCAUCAACGAGUUAUCCGGAAAUAGUUUUAUGGUUUUUUGCAGCACUUGCAACAAUACAGUGAGAACGGCGCUCAUGUUAAGAGCUUUGGGGCUUGGAGCGAUACCACUUCAUGGUCAAAUGUCGCAAAAUAAACGUCUCGCAGCGCUGGAAAAGUUCAAAAGUAAGAGUCGAUCAAUUCUGAUAUCAACGGAUGUAGCUUCUCGUGGAUUGGAUAUCCCGCAUGUUGAUGUCGUCUUGAAUUUUGACAUCCCGACGCAUAGUAAGGAUUAUAUUCAUCGAGUUGGAAGAACAGCUCGUGCUGGUCGCUCUGGCAAAGCAAUAACCUUCGUCACGCAAUACGACGUUGAACUUUACCAACGAAUCGAGCACCUUCUCGGCAAACAAAUGCCUCUUUAUCCCACGGUCGAAGAGGAAGUAAUGCUCUUGCAAAGUCGCGUCUCCGAAGCGCAACGAACGGCAAAACUCGAGUUGAAAGACAUUGAAGAUGCACAAGGAGCUGCGAAACGAAAAGGCGGCAAAGGAGGCAAAUAUGACGUGAACGACGACGACACCGAACAAUUUUCUGGAGCGCGAAAAAGAAUCAAAACCGGAGGCGGAGGCGGGGGCUUCAAAGGAGGAAAAGGCAAAAAGGGAAAAUUCAGAAAUUAG